AUGGUUAUUUUCAAGUCGCGACAACCACCCAUUGACUUACCAACCGACCUCACGGACUGGGAUUGGCUUUUCGACUCACUUUACUCACCCAUCAAUAGAAAUCCAGCAAACGAGCUUGCGGGUUUUCAAAAUGCCCUUACAAAAGAGCGUGUGGAUUGGGCCGAUGUAAAGAAAUACUCCACAUUCAUUUCCACCGCCUUAGUCAAGAAGUAUGGGCUCAAAGAGGGAGAAACUGUUGCGCUGUUUAGCCAAAACACAGUAUGGUACCCGGUAGCCAUGUUUGCGGGCCUACGUGCGGGAGCGAAAAUCAGCGGUGCGAGUCCAGCGUACAAUGUUGAAGAGAUGACUUUUGCGCUCAAGACGGCGGAUGCAAAGUUUUUAAUGACUACACCUGGAAGCAUGGAAAUUGCGGCGGCAAGCGCAAAAGCUGCUGGGUUGCCACAGUCCAACGUGUUUUUGCUCGAGGGCGAACUACCAGGCUACACCACAGUACAAGAUUUGAUCCGCAUGGGCGAGUCAUAUGGCGAGCCCGGGCAGUCACCUGCCUUCAAGCUUCCACCAGGCAAAACCAACAAGGAUGUCUGCGCCUUUCUUUCCUUUUCCUCAGGCACGACUGGACUACCGAAAGCUGUCAUGAUAAGCCAUCAGAACGUUAUAGCGCAAUGCCUUCAGGUACAGCAGAUCACGCCAAAAACGCUGAAGAAGGUAAUGGCUGUGCUACCACUGUUCCACAUUACUGGCCUGAUCCAUCAAAUGCAUCUUCCAAUUCUGCUCAACGCCGAAGUCGUCAUGCUCCCGCAGUUCUCAAUGGAGAAGAUGCUAAACGCCGUUGUCGAAUACAAGCUCACUGAGUUACUCUUGGUUCCUCCAAUUAUCAUCAGACUCGUGCGCGACCCGUUAGUCGACAAGUACGAUCUCAGCCACAUCGAACGAUUUUCCUCUGGCGCGGCUCCAUUGUCUGAAGAGAUUCUUCAGCAGCUCCAGAAGAAGUUUCCGCAUACUGGUUUCAAACAGGGGUAUGGGAUGACGGAGUCGAGUUCUUGCAUCACUGCGCAUCCACCAGAAAAGUACUCCUACAAAUACGCCCAUUCUGGUGGUGCCAUUGUAGCUUCCACUGAGGUCAAAAUCAUCAAAGACGAUGGUACUGAAGGCGAUGUUGGUGAAGAUGGCGAAGUGCUCGCUCGCGGACCACAAGUUGUGAUGGGAUACCUUAAUAACGAGAAGGCUACAUCAGAAACCUUUGACGCAGAGGGCUUCCUUCACACUGGCGACCGCGGCUCCAUCGACGAAGACAACAUGAUCCACAUCACCGACCGCAUCAAGGAGCUUAUCAAAGUCAAAGGGAUUGGUGUUGCGCCAGCCGAACUGGAAGACUUGCUUCUAGGGCAUCCAAAGGUCGAAGAUGUGGCUGUUAUGAGUGUUAAAGACGAUUACUCUGGAGAGCUACCCAAGGCUUACGUUGUGGUCAAGCCUGGUUUGCAGGAGAGUACGUCUUUGGGCAAGGAGAUUAUUGCGUAUGUCAAGGAGAAGAAGGUUAGAUACAAGUGGGUCAAGGAAGUGGAGUUUAUCAAUGAGAUACCGAAGAGUCCGUCAGGUAAGAUUCUGAGAAGAAUCCUGCGUGACAAGGAGAAGAGUGGCAAGUUCGGACUUGUUGUCAAGGAUGAGGUGAAGGCAAAGCUAUAG